AUUGGAAAGGACCAUUCUACUCACACUACUCAUUCAUUCAUGUAAGCUCUCCGUGGUUUGAAGGCCCGCCGAGUGUAUGGGUUUGUGUGAUUUGCAAAAAAGUUAAACAGAAACAGAAAUAAAAGUAAGAAAUGAAAAUGGAAAGAAAUAUCACACAAUAAAACGUUUCACCGACAAGUCUUCAAAAUGCUCCAAAAGGCCCAGGUGAUCCGCAACCGCUCUAAAAAUCUAGUUUAGAUCUGUCCUAAACCCUCUCUCCAGAUAGAUCAGGCCCUCCAAUCCUAAAAUGCGAAGUGGGUAGUAGCACCAACAAAGUACAGGACUAGUAAAGGCCAACUACCGACCCACGGAGCUCAUCGGUGUCUUUCGACAGAACGAGAAAGAGAGAGAGAGCGAUCGAUCGAAACAGAGGGCAGAGAAGGAAAAGAAGCUCUGUUUUGCGAUGGAACCGAGGCCUUGUCUCGAUUCCCGUGGCUUUCAUUGCAGCCGAUGGCGGCGCGUCAUCCCCGGGCUUAGUUUUUUGGUCGUUUCCAGUUUCCGCGAGGCUUUCUCGUGGAUGGCUGAGUGCUUAGACAACAAUAACGGAUAUUAGGACACCAGCGGAAGAAAGCAGAAGACGAACCAGAAAACGAAGACGAAGGAGAAGACCACUCAUUCCCUUGGGAGAAACCUUGAGCAGUCUUUGAUUUGUUUGGUGCCAACCCAUAGCUUGGACGUCCUUUUGUUGUGACAAGUGUUAGUAACAUCCGGUUCGGGCCUUUCGACAACAGACAGUGGACCAUGGUCCCACCAGCCGAUAAUGGUUCCUCGCCCUCAUCCGAAACUCCUCCCAACAACAAGUCAACAUCGGCCGGCAGCAGCACCCAAAAGGUCUCUACGACCCAUACCCUGCCCCGAUUUGCCCCGAGUAGUACUGUAUCCUCGGUCGCCAACCAGACCUCGAAAAAGGUCGGCAACCAAUGGAAGGCCGUCAAGGUGAAUGGCAGUCUGCCCCCCAGCAAUAUUUCACCCAAGGCCAGCUCAAAAUGUACCAAAUGCUCGGACUGCUGUUGGCCAAGUCCCAAAUGGUGGCUGCCCAGGAAAUCCACUUCCACACCCUCCUCCUCCACCACACCCACUUCCUCGUCAUGUUGUAAAGGCCGAUGUGUGCCGAUGGACAAGUCGAGCGUGUUCUUCCUCCAAGCUCUGUUCUUAUGGUGUAUCGUGUGUCUACCCGGUAAUUUGGUGACCUUCACGUUGUAUCAACGGGUUUCCAAUCAAAUUGCUCUGGAACAAGCCAAUAAUAUCACCGACAUUGAGCUCAUUGAGACUUUUAUUGGAUCGUCAACGUUUGACUCGGUGGAUUAUGUCUACUCGGACGAGGCUCCUAUGGAAUCUCCCACUGCACGGACCUUUCCCACUGAGCACCGGGAGAGCCACUCUUGGACACCCACCCUAAUGCCAGACCCCGUCAAACCUAUCAAUCAAAGUCAAAGUGCCACUGAUACCUGGGCUUCUAAUGCCAUCGAUACGAUCACGUCGUCCCCGCCAAUCUUGUCCCGGCCAAUGCCAGACGUGUCAGCCAGCAAACCCUCGACGACAACCACAAUGGCCACGACGACCUCAGCGACCACAUCGGUGGAAGAAAUGGGUCACACGUGGCUGUCGGUGUGCUCAGAGAUCCAAAUCAAAGUGGUGAUUGAUCUUGUGCGGGAUUGCUUCUACACGCGGUGCGAUGAACUUCCGUGGUGUCGGAUUGGCAAUCUCAGGGCAAUUGCCGAGACGUCAGAUUGUCCUUUCGAUAUCCAGCUUUGUAUGAAAAACCGGAGAGGCAAUAAUGCAUCGAGUACCCAUAGUGGUCCAAUAACAACAAUGAACCACACUACCCGUGAUCUCGAGAACGACAUUUACCAAUGCCAUGAGCACUUUGACGAGCAUCGACACUUCAUGACCAAGGCCCAAUUCUGGAUUGAGGGUGUGUCACUUUUUGUGGUAGGGAUCUUUGGGAUUGCCGGGAACAUCAUGACCGUGAUUGUUUUGGGAAGGAUCUACUCCAAUACGACCUUCAACAGACUCCUCAUGUCCUUGGCCAUCGUGGAUACCAUGCUCUUGAUUUAUUACGUCCUCGAUUACGGUAUUAUCGGGGUAUUCAUGAGGAGUAAAGGCAUGGACGAGCCUUUGUGGUAUCGUGUUAGCUUUCCAUACAUCCUCCAUCCUCUCAAGUGGAUCUGCAUGUCGGCCAGUAUCUUCAUGGUAGUGGCCAUUUCAGCCGAACGACAUCGCGCCAUUUGCUCCCCUCUGACUCAUCGGCCCACAUUUUGGCCUUAUGCCGUGGUCGUAUUUUUCGUUGCCAGCGCCGGGAAUAUUCCUCGAUUCCUCGAGUUCCACCUCCAGACCAUCGACAACAAAACCGACUAUUGGACCACUCCCUUGAACGAGGAUCAGGAUUACAUCACCUUCAGCUCAUGGUGGGACGAGCUAAUUGUCACGGGGAUUAUCCCUUUGUCAGCCUUGGUCCUGUUCAAUUCGCGGAUCUACCUGAAACUACGGGCCUCCGAUCGGCAGGAAUACCGAUUUGUGGGACGCAAACGCACGUGUCAGAAUCGCACGGACAGCGUCAGUCAGGCCUCCAAUGCCACGAAUCUGCCGCCUUUGGACCGACACAGCAAUUUCCUGUCCCGGAAUAGCUCCAAACACCACGUGGUCGAGAUCCAUUCGACGAGUGGAGGAAAGCGGUCCUACGCGAAAUCGGCACAAUCUAAUGGGUCUGCCGAACGCGCAGGUCACACCAAUAAGCAACCCUUGAAGUACAACAAAAACAGCUCCAUUGGGAGUGGCGAAGAAAUCCCUUUGGUCAAAACCGAGAGUCAGCCCAAUGUGAAAUUCAAUCAAAGUGAUUCAAAUAUCGGCCCCUCCUCGAAUCAUCUGCAAUUGCCCAAUGGCUUCCCGGUCGUGUCCGGGGAUGAAGAGGAUUGUGGAAAUUCCUCGAGUCAGGGGAAUUCCCUGCAAUUGCCGCCCUCAAGAUCCAGUCCGAAUUCUCUGUCCAGGGUGUCGCCACCGGUGGCCUCGUCCACGGCGAAAGAAGGCCGGACGGAGCCUGGUCGAUUGUUGGGCAGAGGCUCGUUUACGCAUCUGAACUCUGAUACCGCCAGAGGUUCGGGUGUUGUUCCAAACACCCCCAUUUUGGCGGCGGCCCACACUCGAGUUCCAGUUCGAACCAAUAGCUCCUCACCGAAGAAUGAACACGGAUCCCACUACUUCAGGAAGCGGCGCGAAAAAUCGGCCCUGAUUUUGGUGUCAAUUGUGCUCAUCUUCUUGUUCUGUCACACGUUCCGUUUGGUGAUCCAAGCCUACGAAGUCACCCAUCCCAGUCACAGCACCGCAGAACAUCACGAUUUCUGUAGUCAACGAGGACGGUUCCAUGUUCCAGUGGCGUUUUACGUGAUGCUCAGCGCCAGUCAUUUGCUACUCGUUGUGAAUUCGUCUAUAAAUUUCUUGGUCUAUUGCUGCGUGGGGAAAUCUUUCCGAGCCGAACUCAAGAACAUCAUUGGCAGUCUGUGCAGGAAGUUUUGCUGACUGAAUCCUUGUUCCAAAUGGAACCCGAAGCGCGCUUUUCAACUUCCUGCAAGGUCCUCUUGUUCUCACGAGAUUUCUAGAAGGAUCUGAAAUAAGAGGAAAUGGAACGAUAUUGACUUGAGAGGUUCAUCUCAUAUUGGAACAUGGUGGAACUUUGACUCUUGCCCACUUCGUAAAGCUUUGGGAGUGACCCUUCAGACUGGACCGAGGAACUGUCUCAAAUUACUUUUCAUAAGAAGUGGAACUUUUUUUCGCAUCAAAGGCGGGAAAACAAGCAAACGAACAACGGCUUCGAUAAUAUCAAGACCCCUUUCCCACUUCUCUUCAUACCUCUGAGAAAUUCAAAAAUCGAAUUGUGAUAGUUGUCAUGUCUGUCAUAUUUAGAACCAAUGUUCUUGCGUAAAGAAGCAACAACACACGGUGUUGUAUUCUCAUAGUUCCUGUCUUAAUCAUUGUUGUCCAGAAGAAUAAAGCUUUUAUGGGAA